AUGAAAGUGUCUGAAUGUGGGGCACAAUUAGUGGAGACGAUUCCAAUAGGUUUGACAUACAAUACAACUAUUAAAUCGAAAUCCACUUUUGAUGCACUCAUUGGUCUGGUCUCGAGUGCGAAGUUUACGAUAGACAUCGCGUCCAUCUAUUGGACAUUACAGGGAACUGAUGUUAUGCCGCAUCCGAACAAUUCAAGUGCUAAGGGAACCAAACUGUUAAAUGCGUUCAUGGAUUUAUCAAAGUAUCGGUCCGUAAAAAUACGAAUCGCUUCCAAUAAUAACAUCUUCGGCGACAAUAGCACUGAUUUGGCACUUCUUCAAGGGUUGGCACAAAUACGUGAAAUCAACUUCAAUAGACUAAUGGGCGGAGUAUUGCACACAAACUUUGUUAUCGUCGAUAAUAAGCACCUGUAUAUCGGGUCCGCGAAUAUGGAUUGGAGAGCAUUGACUCAGAUUAAGGAGUUGGGAAUCGUUUUGAAUGAUUGCCACACUUUGGCCAACGAUUUGUCCAAAAUAUUUCAAGUUUUCUGGUAUUUAGGAGUAGAAAACUCUACAAUUCCUAAACAAUGGCCGCAAGAAUUAACCACAACUUUUAAUGCAUCAAAUCCGCUAUUAAUUUCUAUAAAUCAAACCAAUUAUAGCGUAUAUCUGUCUUCUUCUCCCAAACCGUUGUGCCCUUUUGGCCGAACCAAUGAUAUCGACGCCAUUCUAUUCAUUAUAGAAAAUGCCGAUAAAUUUAUUCAUAUAUCAGUUAUGAAUUACUACCCACUCUUUCUGUUCCAGAAAAACAUCCACUUCUGGCCACUUAUAGACAACGCCCUCAAGAGUGCGGUUAUUGAUCGAAAAGUUAACGUAAGAUUAUUAGUGAGUCAUACGAAUUACACGAGAGAAUCACUGCUUAUAUUCUUGCAUUCUUUGGCCGCUUUUAAUGAUGAGAAAAUUUUCGGAGCAACGAUUGAGGUUAAGCUGUUUGUUGUGCCCACUUUCACACCAUUUCAGGCCUCAAUACCCUACGCUAGAAUGUAUCACGACAAAUAUAUGGUCACAGAUAAGACCGCAUACAUCGGAACGUCCAACUGGGCGGCCGACUAUUUUGUAAACUCUGCUGGAAAUGGGUUUAUCAUCACUUCCAAGAAUAACACAUCCGCUGAACACAAUUUAAGAAAUGAUUUGCAAUCUAUAUUCCAAAGGGACUGGGAUUCCAGUUAUGCUAAAUAUGUUUAA